AUGUCUGGACAGAUCCAUAUAUCAAGUCCAGCCAAAUUGUACAUCACCAAUCGACAUUGUCGACGGGUCCAUCCCCUCCCAACACCCGUCGUUGGCCAUCUCACUGGACUCACCUGUCCAGAUUGCCCGCUCACGUCGACUAGUCAGCUACGAUACCACCCGCCUCGCUUCCCAAACCCAGCAAACAUCAACUGGAAGUGUCAUCAACCCGACUCUCACCACGUCCACGGAAAGGGAUAUGUUCGAACUCUCAAACUCGAACACUUGAUCAACAAAAUUCGAGCUAUCAAUGCAGGAGCUCAACCACCUCCAGCUCCUGGAAGCCUCUCUGGGCUACUUAACGUCAGCAAUGAAGAACCCGAUCACUUGAAGAGGAAAACUACGAGUCAAUUGUGCCCAGGGUAUCUAGGGAGAACUGGGGCCACGCAUCAGUCAACCAACAAGUCGAACAUGAAGUGUAGCCUCCGGUUGUGUCUUUUGUGCUGCCAAAUGGUCCAACGAGUGCACGGUUUGACGUGCAACUUCAAGGCACACGUUUACACGCCUUUGUCUUCUGGAGAUCACGACAUGUCAAGCCCUGCGAUUAGAAAUUUUGUACCUUUCGGCCUUUCGAAUGUAUUGGAUCAAGGUUCUUCUCAACAUGUAUCCCAAUCAUUGGUUUCAUUUCCACGGUCCUCCCAAUCCUUAGCCGGACCAAGCGGGUCACAGCAAGCAACUUCGAAGCAGAUCCAGUCUGCCCAAGCUAAUCGGGCAGUGACGUCUACCCUAACACCUUCUCAGCUCUCCGAAUACCACGAAAAUCUUAAGGCCGUUGAUCUUGUAGCAAAGAGUCGGGAUGCCGCAAAAAGGGAGGCUGCGCGCACAAUCUGGGUUGAGUUAUGGACUAAGCCGGGCUCUAGCACACUUAUCAACGCUGAAGCGCCCAAUUGGCCACUGUUUUCACUCCAAGAGUGUCAAAUACUACUGGAUAAAUGCAGGAAAGCGAUGAGCGACAAAGAAGACUGGGAGUCGGAGAUCGAGGUGUGGAACAUGGAACAAUUCCGUUGGGUUUCUCUAGCACCUACAUGCACUUCGAAGUAUCCACCAAUCCCGCGAAAAAUCCUAGUUCAACUUGAAUCUAUCUCCGAUAACGAUUGCUUGGGGCUUUCAGAUGCGAUUUUGAAGAUGACCACCGAGGGACCCUAUGAGCCACUUACUACACCAGCGCGUUGCAUCCUCACCGUCUCACCGAACCCGCCAAAAAUCUCAUAUUCAAGCUUGAAUAUGAGAUUACCAGCACCAGUCCCGGCAGUCCCUCGUGUUCAACUAGAUGUACAUACAUCUACGGAACCGGCAACACCUGAAAGUUCGCCACUACCAUCACCUCGCACGAUCUGCUUGAAAAAAAAGACGAUAAACUCCAAAGACUCCGAGAUCGAAUGGAUAGGUUCCUCUGACUUGCAGGUCAAGGUUUCUCUCGCAAUUGCAGAAUCCAAGAAGGGCCAAGAGUACUUGGCCAGAUUCGAGGGUAGUCCAUGGGUUGCCUGGGUCGAAUUCUUUGGAGAGUUGUAUGAUUAUGGUCAUACAACUGUGUAUCGAGUCAAAAAGUGGAUUAACCUGGUGGGAGAAGAACAGUUGGAGCUUGAUACUCGCACGACCCCUUCGCUUACACUCAUUGCAGCUCGGAAGAUGUAUCAGAAAGAGUGGCUGGCAACCAAAACCAAGCGCCAAGAUCAAGAACUUCAACCAAAGCAAAAACGAGAAGUUGAAGAUGUUCAACAGCAGGAUUCAAAAAGAAGAAAGGUCGUUGUUGAUGACAACGCGCGCUCUGAUGUACAAUCAGACGGUGACUCGGAUGUUCAAAUUAUGAACAAUUGA